GAAGCACACUCUCCUAAAACCCUAAACCCAUAAAACCCAUUUACCCAUUUCUCAAAAUCCAAGAAUUCUUCCCAAGUUCACAUAGAUGGAAGAAGCUGCUAAGCUUCACAUAGAAGAUAUUCGGACCCAGAAAUAUUCUAUUGGUAAAGACGAAGCUAAUCCCUUAGGCAAAGAUCUUCAUGGAGCCCUGACCAACAUCUCAAAAGAUGCGAACUUUUUGAGGGAACUCAUCCUGAAUGCAGAAGAAAAUGAGUAUGAAGAAGAUGCAGUGCCAGAGCUGAAAUUUGUGUUGACCAAGAAAGACAUAACUGAGACUGGAGCACCAGCUACUCUGUUGGUUUUCAAUAAUGAAGUCGGCUUUUCCAGGGAGAACAUGGAGUCUAUUUGCGGCAUAUUCCAUUCUACAAAGAAAGGGAAGAGACAGCAAAGGCUUAUUGAAGAGAAUGGAAGUGGAUUCAAAAGUGUAUUUCUUGUGAGUUCACAGCCUUACAUUUUCAGCAAUGGAUAUCGUGUCAGAUUCCAGGAAGAACCAGAUCAAGAUUGUGGUAUUGGGUAUAUAGUUCCCCAGUGGGUGAGUGGACAUCCUUCUCUUUCUAGCAUAUAUGAUGUAUAUGGGCUCAGUAAUGCAUACCCUGCAACCACAAUUAUCCUUCCUCUAAAGCCUGAGAUGGUUGAAGUCGUGAGAGAGCAAUUGUCACAGUUGUGCCCGGAGAUUAUCCUGUUCUUAUUGAAGUUAAAGCGACUACAUGUACAUGACUAUGAUCCUGAAGUAGCUGAUAGAGUCUCAAGCUUUCUUAUAUCUAGUGUGACUAAACACAAGGAGGUUUCUUCACGUGUGGUUCAACUUUCAAAGAAAAACUUGGAUGGUAUUGAGGAAUCGUGCGAUUAUUACUUGUGGGAAAAGACAUUUCCUGUGAAACCUGAGAAUAGAUUUGGUGUCAGGAUGGAUGUGCAGAGCUGGGUGAUUACCAUUGCUUUCCCAUCUGGAGAAAGGAUGAGAACGGCAACUUCUGCUGUUGGUAUAUUUGCUUUCCUCCCCACGACAAUGGUCACAGACUUCCCGUUCCUAAUUCAGGCUGACUUCAUUCUUAAUUCGUCACGAGAUUCUAUACUGUUGGAUAAUGUAUGGAACUUGGGGAUUCUCGAAUGUAUCCCAUCAGCAUUUGUGAAUGCCUUUCAGUCUCACUCCUUGCGUUAUCCAGUGGAUAAGAGAUUUGAAUUUUUACCUGCUCAAGCUCCAUCAAUUCCCAAGUUUAAAGACUUAAGAGAGUCCAUUAGAGCUGAAUUGCAGGGUCUAGUGAUAGUGCCUUGUGAAAUUAUUGAGGGUAUGUCUUCCUCUGUGAGGCCUCAAGAGGCAGUUCGCGUCCUUCCGAACUUCAGGGACCUAGUGGGUGGAUUUAAAAUAGAAGGUUAUGUUUUGAGCAGUUCAUCAAAAUAUUUACUGAGGAGUGUCUUGCAUCCGUCUGUGGACCUUGAAAAAUACAAUGCAGUUCUGGAGUUUCUAGGUGUGGAAUUUGCUAACGACCAUUGGUAUACAGAAUGCAUCCAAAGGCUUUGCAGCUCAAUUGAUGAAAAGGUUACUGGAGCUGGCAUUAUUUCAUUGCUAAAGUGCAUCAAGAAUCUGACGUCAAGCUCUCCUGAUGAUCCCUUACUGAGGGACUUAACCAACAGCAUUGCAAGAAGAAAGUGUUUGAAGACCUCGGAUUGGACAGAUUCAUACAAAACACCAGAAGAAUCUAUUCUGUUUGAUCCAGCCUGGGAAAGUAUUCUGGAUCGGACAAAGAUACCAACCAUUGAUGAGAACUUUUAUGGAACUGAUAUUCUUGUAUACAAGAAUCAGUUAAGAGAUAUCGGUGUGAAGGUAGAUCCUUUGAAUGUUUGUUCUCUUCUUUCUGGGAUUCUUUCUAAGCUGGCAAAGCCAGACGUUUAUUUUGAAGAAACUUUCAUAGAAAUGAUUUACACAUUCCUGAACAAGUUCCAGUGGCGUCCAGAAGUGCCAGAUGGAACCACACCUGUGUGGGUACCUGAUCAGGGAUGGUUUGCCCCUCAGCACUGUGUACUUCAUGACAAAGAAAAUCUGUUUCUGUCCUUCUUAUGUGUGCUUGAUGAACAUUACAAUGAAGAGCUCCUCCCCGUGUUUUCUUCAGCCUUUGGAGUUGCAGAGAAUCCUUCUCUCGAUCAUUAUGUAGAUCUCUGGAACAAAUGGAAUGGGAAGGGCCAACUGACUCUGGAAGAGUACUGCUGCUCCUUCUGGAAGUAUGUUGUAGACAACUGGAAUCCAGAAGUUGAAGAGGCUUUAAAAGGUUUGACAAAACUACCUGCCACAAAGUCGAUAUCUGAGAAAGUAUAUCAGAUCAACAGGAAAGAAGUAUUCCUUGCUGAUGACUUGCAACUGAAAAAUGUUUUCUUGAGAUAUGAUGAGGCUCCAUUAUUUGUGUGGUUUCCCAGGAACAACUGUUUGUGUACAAGAAGACUUUAUGAGAUUUAUGAGUCCCUUGGAGUAAAAAAGGUUUCUGAAUCAGUUCAGUACAUACCAUUUACCAAAAUACUGUUGGAUCCAGAGAAAGAUGUAUUAAAUGGAUUGAUUAACAGGGGUUUAAUCAAAAUUAUUCUGGGUUUUCUCGCUGGUUCGCAGGUUACUAUGCCAUUGGAAGAUAGAAAAGAUGCUGCAUCCUCACUUGCUAGACUUAAGGUGUAUAAGUUGGACAAUCCAUAUGAAUACAUUUACAGACUAAUGCAAUCUGAGAGUACAAAAGCGGAUGUGAAAAAAGUGAAGCUAGUUUCCUGGAAGAAGCGGUCUGAGCGGUUGUUCAUUGAUAGUUCAGGGUACAACAAUGGAAAAUCUGAUCUAAAAUUUGUUGCAGCUUUCGCUGACGAACUUGCUCAAGGACUGUUGGUGCAAGCAAAAGCAAGAGCAACAUUGAGCAAGAUCAUCCAAAUUGGGUUUUUGUCUGGUUUUAGUGAGAAUGAAGUGGAUGUCUUACUAAUGGGAGAAAAUUUAGAGUUGUCUGUGGAAGAUAAGGAAUUUCUUGAUGCUGCAUUCCCCUCAUCAACUGUUCCUGGUCCUGUUUGUGGGAAGCGGUCAUCUAUGGAGAGAGAUCAAUCAGACCCUUCAUCAACUACUUCAGGCAAGAAGCAGCGUUAGUUCAUGGUUUGAAUUAACAAGUCAUCAAGCCUUGAAGGUCAAAUCAAAGCUUAAAUAUUUGAGGAACUGAUAGAAUAUGAUGAGCACCAUAGCAGGAAUAAGAGGUAAGUCUUUUGAUGCGAAAACGUAUGAGACUGAUGAAUUCAUAUAUGGAAGGAGCAGUUUUUCCUUUUCUUGUUUAGUUUUCUAUUUCUUUUCAGGUUGAA